GCCACCGUUUCCUCCCCGAGAGCUCACAGGCGCACCUGCGACGCCCCCAUUGCUUCGUGCGGGCUUCGCACCCGCGUCUUUUCCCCUACGUUAUUCGAGUUGCCAUUCGGGUUUUGUGCAGGGGAAUUGAGAUGGCGCCGCCGCCGGCGAAGACGGGUCUAUUCGUUGGGCUGAACAAUGGACACGUCGUCACCAAGCGCGAGCUGCUGCCUCGCCCUUCCGACCGCAAAGGGGAAAACUAGCAAGAGGGUCAAAUUUGUUAGGAUCAUAAUUAGGGAAGUUGCUGAAUUUACACCAUAUGAGAAGCGUGCCGCUGAGCUUCUGAAGGUUGGAAAGGACAAGCGUGCUCUUAAGGUAGUGAAAAGAAAGCCCGGGACACACAAGAGAGCUAAGAAACGUGAGGAGAUGCUCAACGUUCUUAGGAAGAUGAGAUCCGCUGGAGUUACUGACAAGAAAAAGUGAAGCGGUGCAACCUGCUGAGAAGCGCUGAGGUUGUGUUGCAAAUUAAUUUAAGCUUACCUAAUACCAUAUGGAUGUAACAAUUGGUUCAUCUGACUCGCAGAAUGUGUUUGUGGUUUUAUCAUGUCAUGAUUCCCUCAGAUCGUGUUUUGUUGUUUUUGCUUGUUACUUUCACGUAUAUACAUUAUUGAACUUUUCUUUUUGAGAACAUAUAUUGUUGAACUUUGA